UACAGUAACUGAUCCAACGAUUCAAUGGACAACUAUGGAGCUUCUUCUGGAUCUGCUGUGUUUGUGUCUUCUGUGUUUGACCCGAAAAACACUUUGUGAUGAAAACAGACCGAAAAACAUCACAGUGGAAGGAGGAGCUGAUGUAAUGUUACCCUGUUCUCUCAGCACCAAGGAGAACACUGAGUUUAAACUCUUUGACUGGAGGAAAGUUGCUCAGAAAGAUGAUGGUCAGAAGGAGGUGUUCAUGUAUGAUGCAGGCAUUCAUUACAACAACGGUCGUCCAGGUCAGAGUGAAGAGUUCAAAGGUCGAGUUUUUCAUUUUCAAGAUGAACUGAAACACGGCAACGCCUCCAUAAUCAUCAGAAAUACAAAGAUAUCUGACAGUGGAAACUACACCUGUGAUUUUCCAAAACUUCAGCCACCUCAAAAAUUCUACAUUGAGAUUGUUGUUGAGCCAAAAGUCAUCACAGUGAAUGAAGGGAGUGAUGUUACUUUACCCUGUUCUCUCAGCACCAAGGAGAACAUUACUUCAAAACUGUUUGACUGGACGAAAGUUGCUCAGAAAUAUGAUUGUCAGAAGGAUUUGUUCUUUUAUAAUGGAGGCAGCAAUAAUAACAAAAACUGUUUUCCAGGUCGAGUCUCAUAUUUUCCAGAUGAACUGAAACACGGCAACGCCUCCAUAAUCAUCAGAAAUACACAGGUGACUGACAGUGGAGUCUACACCUGUGAUUUUCCAAAUCUUCAGCCACCUCAAACAUUCUAUAUUGAGCUUAUUGUUGUCGUUGGUGCCGCUUUAAAACCAUUUGUUACAAUACUUGAUGCAACAGCAUACUCUGCGCUGCUGCAGUGUGAAGUUCAUGGCAAUCCCAAACCUAAAGUAGAGCUGCGGAACAGGGCUGGAAACAUCCUUCAUGCUAAAGUAACACAAGACUCAGAAAGAGAAGGCAGCUUCUACAUCACCCUCCAAACUAAAGUGACCAAGACCGGCACCUAUCGCUGUGUAGCCACACAGGAGGAAAUCAAACAUCAGAUUUAUGCUGAGACCUCUGUGUAUAUCAGUGGGUUCAGUGGAUGGAUUGCUGCUGCAGUUAUUGGUGUUCUUUUUCUUGUUGCUGGUGUUAUUCUAGCUGUGCUUUUAUACAGGCGUAAAAAAGAGCCAAAACUCAUCACAGUGGAAGAAGGCAGUGAUGUUAUUUUACCCUGUUCCGUCUGGCCCGAGAAGAACCUUCGGUCAACAAAGUUUGUCUGGAAGAAAACUGAUGAUAAUGUGUUCCUGUAUGAUAAUGGCGAGCAUCCAGGUCAGAGUGAGCAGUUCAAAGGUCGAGUCUCACAUUUUCCAGAUGAACUGGAACAAGGCAACGCCUCCAUAAUCAUCAGCAAUACAACGAGGGCUGACAGUGGAGAAUACAGAUGUAUUAUUCCACUAAUUCAUAAACAACAAAAAUUCCAAAUUAAUGUUGUUGUUGGGACAGAAGUCAUCAAAGUGGAAGAAGGCAGUGAUGUUACUUUACCCUGUUCCCUCUGGCCCAAGGAGGACAUUCGGUUAACACAGUUUAACUGGAAGAAAAUGCCUCAGAAUGAUGAAAGUCAGAUGGAGGUGUUCCUGUAUGAUAAAGAGCCAAAACUCAUCACAGUGGAAGAAGGCAGUGAUGUUACUUUACCCUGUUCUCUCUGGCCCAAGGAGGACAUUCGGUCAACACGGUUUGUCUGGCGUAAAAAUUAUGAUGGUCAGAUGGUGUUCCUGUAUGAUAAAGAUGAUCUUUACAGUGACGAGCGUCCAAGUUGCAAGUUCCAAGGUCGAGUCUCACAUUUUCCAGAUAAACUGGAACAAGGCAACGCCUCCAUAAUCAUCAGAAAUACGACGAGGGCUGACAGUGGAGACUACAGAUGUAGUUUUCCAAAAAUUCGGAAACCUAAAAAAUUCCACAUUAAGCUUAUUGUUGGGCCAAAAGUCAUCAAAGUGGAAGAAGGCGGUGAUGUUAUUUUACCCUGUUCCCUCUGGCCCAAGAAGGAUCUUCGGUCAACACAGUUUAUCUGGAAGAAAGUUUCCGAGAAAACUGAUGAUGGUCAGAAGGUGUUCCUGUAUGAUAAAGGUGAUCUUUACAGUGACGAGCAUCCAGGUCAGAGUGAGCAGUUCAAAGGUCGAGUCUCACUUUUUCCAGAUAAACUGAAACAAGGCAACGCCUCCAUAAUCAUCAGAAAUGCAAUGAGGGCUGACAGUGGAGACUACAGAUGUUAUUUUCCAUCAAUUCAAAGACCUCAAAUGUUCUACAUUAAGCUUGAUGUUGAGCCAACAGUCAUCACAGCGGAAGAAGGCAGUGAUGUUACUUUACCCUGUUCCCUCUGGCCCAAGGAGGACAUUCAGUUAACACGGUUUAUCUGGAAGAAAGUUUCCCAGAAAACCGAUGAUGUUCAGAAUGUGUUCCUGUAUGAUAAAGGUGAUCUUUACAGUGACGAGCGUCCAGAUCAAAGUGAGCAGUUCAAAGGUCGAGUCUCACAUUUUCCAGAUGAACUGAAACAAGGCAACGCCUCCAUAAUCAUCAGAAAUACGACGAGGGCUGACAGUGGAGACUACAUCUGUAUUGUUCCAUCAAUUCAGAAACCUAAAACAAUCCACAUUAAGCUUGUUGUUGCUUCAACUCCAGAGUCAGAUGAACAUCAUCCAUUAAUGAAUGGAAUGGAUGGAAUCGAACUUCAUUCAUUAAUGAUAGAAAGGCUUUGAUAAUGUCUGUGUUGCUGGAAACAUUUCUUUAGUUUUCAGUUAUUUUAUGCUUGUGUUAUAUCACAAUUAAUAGGCUCAUUGAUUUUGUCGUGCAGUUCUAGUUGAUUGUGUAACUGUUUGUAAGACUUGUACAGUAUUCCUGUUCCAGAGGUGUGUAGAGCAGAGAGGACCAGGUCAACAUGAUGAUGCUCUUAUAAGUCUUGUAUUUUUAUAUUCAGACCAAAUUACAAAGUUAACUGUGAUGAUGUGGAGUGUGAAAUAUUGUGCAAAUAAAUGUCAUUUUAUUUAUUUUUUAAAUAUAUUUUACCAUUUUAUAUUGUAUUUUGUUACAUGUCUUUGCUCUUCAGACAACCAUUGGUUGCUUCUGUAUUUAAAAGAAUGGUUAAAGGGCAACUCUUAUAUAGCAUUUUCAGGUUCAUACUUGUAUUUUGCGUUUGUACUUGUAUCACUAUAUGAAGCUUGAGCUACUGCAACGGAGUAUAUAGCAGGACUUUGAUUAUUUAAAUCACCAACAGAGGCUUCUAAACCAAAUGUUACACAACCGGUUGGAAAUCUGAACCUUUUAGCUCACAGGGAUUUUGUUUAAAGUAUGUUUCUCAUUAUUUGAUGUUUUGGCCACGUUUAACAUGAAAAUCCUACAUUAUAACAUCAUAUAUGUGACAAAAAACAUGAAAAUGAAUAAUAUGUCCUUUUUUAAGGCUUAUAUGUGGUAUUGAUCUUCUUAUCUAACUCAGUGAGAAAGUGAAUAAAGUGCCCUGGGGGGUCACCGGGUAGAGCCGGUACUUUAGGCCGAGUCAUCACCACGGUGACUUUGGUUUGGUCCGUCACAGGGCCCUUUGCUGCAUGUCAUACCCUCUCUCUCCUCUGUAUCUUUUAAAACGAGAAAUGCCCAAAAAUGUAUCCUAAAAAAAACCCAAAAUGAUUAACUGUAAUGUAUUUUUACUUUUAUAUGACAAGACAAAGUCUGUACCGUACAUCUUACUGUGUUCUUGCACUUGUUUGUUGUUAAGCGAUAAUAUAGUGCCUGUAUGUAAUUUCAAUUUAAAUGUAUUCAAACUUUACUAUUGAAAAUCUUGAAUUAAAAGUCAAUAUUGAUAUUA